AAUGCUUACAACUGCCUUUACCAGCAAGUCUGCCGGGGGCAGCAAGAAAGAAACGGAAUCAUAAGGCAAGACUGAACUGCCACCUCCUGCCACCUUCCCAGAGAGCGGGGAGACCGGAUGACCCACCAGUGAUUCAGUCUGGGGUUCAGGAAGCUGUGAAUUCCAUAAUGUCACACGCGGGCAUGAGAGCAUCGUGUAUUCUUUAAAGUAGAGUUAUGAAAAGGAAGAAACUGGUCAGCAGACUAAAACAUUGGAAUUGACCUUUGCAAGAUCCAAAGCUCCAGCAUUCCUUGGCUUAACGGAGGAACCGCCUGGGAAAAUGUGGGCAAGGAAUCUUAUGGCAAGAGCCUUAUAUGACAAUGUCCCAGAGUGUGCUGAGGAACUGGCCUUUCGCAAGGGAGACAUCCUGACUGUCAUAGAGCAGAACACAGGAGGACUGGAAGGAUGGUGGCUCUGCUCCUUACAUGGUCGGCAAGGCAUUGUCCCGGGCAACCGGGUGAAGCUUCUGAUUGGCCCCAUACAGGAGACCUCCUCCAAUCAAGACCAGCCUACUUCUGGACUGAUGCACCAGACCUUUGGCCAACAGAAGGUCUAUCAAGUGCCAAACUCACAGGGCGCUCCUCGAGAUGUCAUUUAUCAAGUGCCACCUUCCUACCAAAAUCAGGGAAUUUACCAAGUACCUACUGGCCAUGGUAUCCAGGAACAAGAUGUGUAUCAAGUGCCACCAUCCGUGCAGAGAGGCAUUGGGGGGGCUAAUGGUCCCCACUUAAGUAAAAAGGUGAUAACCCCAGUGAGGACAGGCCAUGGCUAUGUGUACGAGCACCCAUCCAGAUACCAAAAGGACAUCUACGAUACCCCUCCUUCCCAUACCACCCACGGGGUAUAUGACAUCCCCCCAUCAUCGGUGAAAGGCCCUAUGUUUUCAGUUCCAGUGGGAGAAAUAAAACCUCAAGGGGUCUAUGAUAUCCCUCCUACUAAAGGGAUAUAUUCCAUUCCACCCUCUGCUUGCCAAGAUGAAGCAGGGCUCAGGGAAAAGGAGUAUGACUUCCCCCCUCCAAUGAGACAAGCUGGAAGGCCAGACAUCAGACCCAAUGGCGUGUAUGACAUUCCCCCAGCCAGCACCAAGCCCGUGGGGAAGGAUCCUCACAUGAAAUACAACUGUGAUGCUCCAGGAGCUGCUGAACUGGCGACACGAAGACAUCAAAGCAUUUCCCUGAAAUACCCACCCCCACCGCUGGGACCAUCAGUGAGCCCUCAGAAUGAUGCCUACGAUGUCCCACGAGGGGUUCAGUUUCUGGAACCACCAGCAGAAAGCAGUGAGAAAGCAAACCCUGAAGAAAGAGACGGUGUUUACGACGUCCCUCUGCACAACCCAGUAGACGCCAAAGGCUCUCAGGAUGUGGUAGAUGGGAUUAACCGAUUAUCUUUCUCCAGCACAGGCAGCACCAGGAGUAACAUGUCCACAUCUUCCACCACCUCAAAGGAAUCUUCACUCUCAACUUCCCCAUCUCAGGACAAAAGACUCUUACUGGAUCCGGACACAGCCAUCGAGAGACUGCAUCGGCUCCAGCAGACCCUGGAGAUAGGCGUCUCCAGCCUAAUGGCACUGGUCACCACAGACUGGCGAUGUUAUGGAUACAUGGAACGACACAUCAAUGAGAUACGCACCGCGGUGGAUAAGGUGGAGCUGUUCCUGAGAGACUACCUCCAUUUUGCCAAGGGCGCCGUCGCAAAUGCUUCCUGCCUCCCAGAACUCACUCUCCACAACAAAAUGAAGCGGGAACUCCAAAGAGUAGAAGACUCCCACCAGAUUCUGAGCCAAACCAGCCAUGACUUAAAUGAAUGCAGCUGGUCCCUGAAUAUCCUGGCCAUCAACAAGCCCCAAAACAAGUGUGAUGAUCUGGAUCGGUUUGUGAUGGUGGCAAAGACGGUGCCCGAUGAUGCAAAACAGCUCACCACAACCAUCAACACCAAUGCAGAGACCCUCUUCAGACCAGGCCCCAGCAGCUUGCAUGUGAAGAAUGGACCCGAGAGCAUCAUGAACUCCACUGAGUACCCACAUGCUGGAUCCCAGAUGCAGUUGUUGCAUCCUGGGGACCACAAGGUCCAGGCCCUCAACAAGCCAUUGCCCCCAAGCCUGGGCAAGGACCAGCCCCCUGACUGUAGCAGCAGCGAUGGCUCUGAAAGGAGCUGGAUGGAUGAUUAUGACUAUGUUCACCUACAGGGUAAAGAGGAGUUUGAGAGGCAACAGAAAGAGCUGUUGGAAAAAGAAAAUAUCAUCAAACAGAACAAGAUGCAGCUGGAACAUCAUCAGCUAAGUCAGUUCCAGUUGUUGGAACAAGAAAUUACAAAGCCGGUGGAGAACGACAUCUCAAAGUGGAAGCCCUCGCAGAACCUGCCAACCGCAAACAGCAGUGUGGGUGCUCAGGAUAGGCAGCUGCUUUGCUUCUACUAUGACCAGUGUGAGACCCAUUUCAUUUCCCUUCUCAAUGCCAUUGACGCUCUCUUCAGUUGCGUCAGCUCAGCCCAGCCCCCGCGGAUGUUUGUGGCCCACAGCAAAUUUGUCAUUCUAAGCGCACACAAACUGGUAUUCAUUGGAGACACGCUGACAAGGCAGGUUGCUGCCCAGGACAUUUGCAACAAGGUGAUGAACUCUAGCAACCAGCUCUGUGAACAGCUAAAGACUAUAGUUAUGGCAACUAAGAUGGCUGCCCUCCAUUACCCCAGCACGACUGCCUUACAAGAAAUGGUACACCAAGUGACAGACCUGUCCAAAAACGCGCAGUUAUUCAAGCGCUCUUUGCUAGAGAUGGCAACGUUCUGAGGAGGAAAAGGGGACUGAGUGGAAAACUGGAAAUGCUAUCUGGUUUUUGUAAAUGUAUCUAUUUUUGUAGAUAUUUUAUAUGAAAAUGAAAUAUUUUAACAUUUAUGGGUUAGACAACAUUCAGAAAUUCAGGGAGCUAGAGGGAAUUUUGUUUGUUUGUUUUCCUGUGUGGUCCUUAUGUAUACACAUAAGCAUCUAAGACAUAAACUAUACAGAAACUUGUCCACAUGCGUGUGUGCUUAUAUAUUCAUGUUUGUUUGUUGAUGUUUGUUUGAUACAUUCCAUUAAAAAACAUGAAUUAAGAAGCACCUUAGUAAGCAUCUCCUAAUGCUGCCUUUUGUUGUUGUUGUUGUUGGAAGAAUACAUACCAGCUGGUUGUAUUAUUGCUCUACAUAUAUUAGUGAUUUAUUCUGAGUCUGUCACUUCCAUGUCUGGGAAGCAUUGUAUAUUUGCAAAUGUUCAUCUCCCAAAAAAAUGAGGCAUGGUAUGGCUUGUCCUUGUUCAGGAACCCCUUUCAAAAUUGACUGUUUUGGGCACAGUAUGGCAAAAUAUAUCACUUCUGGUUAAGAAAACCCUCUCAGAGAAAAAGUUUCAGAAAGUAUAUGCUAAUCCAAGCUCUGAUACUUUAGGUGCUGGAGAGAGAAGAGACAGACACAUGUGUUUAGAAGCCAUGUCCCCAGCCAAGAUUGGGUUCUUUCAAUACCGAGAGGACAUAGUAAUAAAAGGAGAGCAUGUGUUUCCCAGGGUUAUUUUGUGGUCUGUAUUUUUGAGUGAUUUGGCCAUGAGUUUUCCCAAAUGAUGUCUUUAGGCUUGCAAAAACCAUGUUAUUUGCAGCAGGAAUUCAUAAAGACACAUCAGACUAUAAUUAUGCACACAAAGAAGGAUGAUUCCACCUACUGGUUAUAUGUAGAGGCCUUUCUGACUCUCAGCAUUCACUUAGGUGCUACUACCCGCUUUGCCUGAGGGGAACUGGCCAGUUCCAUGGUCACCUGAAUUUUCAAGCCAGCAGAUCUUUCACCCUCUUUAAAACAUGCAUAGGCAGACCUGACACUUAGAGUAGCUCUACGGAGCCCAUCUAAUCUUUACAACUCUGCCUGGCUGACAACCCUGUGUAUUCAGCCGGACCAUCAUCUCACCACUCAUCACAACAUCGGUUUCGUAGCCUGUGCCCUCGCACCUGGUGGUACUAGCAAAGCGCAGACACAUCAUAAGCCAUCAGCUUCAUUAUAGGGCAAACAAAACACUUCCUACCUGGUGAGAAAAUGUAUUCACAUAUUACCAAGUCACAAAGCAUGUUAUCGAUGGUCUUUCAGUCCAGUCUCCUUUAACGGUUUUAUUCCAGCCUAUUUGAAAAUGUUUUUAUUUGCAAUUUAUACUUUGACUGAGUUCAGCUUGCUUAUUUUAAACAAAUUAAAUCACUGGAACAGAAAAAGAUUUAAAGAUAAGAAUGCUCAAUCUCAGUAUGAAAAAAAAUAAUAAUAAAUCAGUGAAAGUCAUAGAAGGUGCUUUUUAAAGCAACUGCUAUUGUAGUUCUCAAAGUCUUGCUCUGCCAGAAGAUUAAAAUUGUUAUAUGACAAGUAAAUGUGUGGGGGAUGAAGGGGAUUGCUGAAAAUCAACAGCACUUGAAGAAGUUUAAAAGUGUGUCCUUGUAGAUUUCAUUGUAAAUGUGUAUUUCUUAGGAGAUGACAGACUUGUUCUAAGCUAAGUGAUAACAUUUCAUGUUUUCAAGACGAAAAUGUUCAGUCUGUAUUACUCUCUUUGCCAUCUUGUAUGUAGAGAUUAUUUUAAAUCAUUAAAUUUUUUAGAUCUAUGG